AUGGGACGGGUUCAAAACCUGCAAGACCAACAGAAACAAUGGGAAUCAUGUCGGUCAGCAUAUCUCUUGUCCUUAUCUUGUGUCCACGUAUCACAGAUGUCCUCGAAAAACAUAGCAGCCAAAGAACUUGGGAUCAAUCUCGAAUCAGGAGAUGAAGCGGAAUACUUCAAGUGGUUCCUUGCCUGUUUACUGUUCGGGAAGCCCGUCCAACAGAGCGUGGCCAAACGUGCCAUCUUGAAUCUCAUUGAUGAAGAUAUCACUUCACCUGAUGCAAUUCAACGGGCUGGCUGGGACAGGUUGGUGGAGAUUCUGGACGAAGGCCAUUAUGUCCGGUACGAUUUCUCCACUGCGACAAAGCUGCUUGACGUGUCAUCUGCUAUCAAGGAGACACAUGGAACAUUCGGUAAUUUACUGAGCGAAUGUUCUAAUGCCUCGGAAUUGUCGGCUUCGCUUCAGAAAUUUAAGGGUGUUGGUCCAAAGACAGCAGAGAUCUUUUUGCGUGAGAUGGAGCCGCGACUGUACCCAAAGUGA